UGCACGGAUCAUCACCAGAUUGCUCCUGGACCGUCGGGAGAAGUUGCUCUUGCAGGAUGUUUUGAUAUUUCUUUAUUCUUGGCAGUGAUUUAGGGCAGAAAUGUGCGUGAUCCCACACCCUUGGUUGGAAAACAACCCCACACAUGGGUGGUCUCAGGAUGCGCCACAGGACUCAUGAUGAAUUCACCCGCCAUUCUUGAGCAAGCCCUGCACUGGUGACGACACAAUUCCGUAGCUGACUCCUCAGGACGAGACGGUCCUGGCACUUGCUGGACACUCUGGGACGUCUUGACACCUUUUUCACUGCAGUCAAACUUUUCUCCUUAAAGUUUUUGAUGAUCUGAAUAGUACUUUUAUUUUGAAGACCUGUGUGUGGUUCAUUGUCGGUUGCUUCUCGACGCUCAGCGGGAUGAAGCUGGGAGGAAAUAACCGAGGUAUCGUACAUAAACCCUCAGUGUUUGUGUCUUAGCGGAGAUUUGACGACGGAAUUCGUGUUCAGACACAAACACCAGGGACCAACGACGGAUAUCUGGUGGACGACAUCGUUGGACCGAGGAUCCUUUUCACCACAGUGCCAUGGAGUUUCCAGACCUGGGAGAACACUGUUCAGAUAAAUCCUGCAAGCGCCUGGAUUUCCUGCCGAUGAGAUGCGACGCCUGUGAAGAGAUUUUCUGUAAAGACCACAUCACUUAUGCAAGUCACAAGUGUACUUCCUCAUACAAAAAGGAUGUUCAGGUCCCAGUGUGUCCACUGUGCAAUAUCCCCAUUUUCGUUAAACGAGGGGAAAUGCCAGACAUUAAAGUCGGAGAGCACAUAGACCGUGACUGCAAGUCAGAUCCUGCACAGAGGAAAAGAAAGAUUUUUACUAAUAAGUGCUCGAAGGGAGGCUGCAAGCAGAAAGAGAUGAUUCGUGUAACAUGUGACCAAUGCCACUUGAACUACUGUCUUAAGCACCGACAUCCACUGGACCAUGAUUGUAAGACUGAUGGCAAGCCAGUCUCCAAAUCAGGUCAUGCUGCGUUAAUGAGAGCUCAGGGUGCUUCCAGCAGUAAUGCCGCAGGAUCCUCUGUUAAAGGGAGCUCGACUACGGCGGGCCGACCAGCUCGUGCUCAGAGUAGUAGUGCACAAAGGACUUCAGCCCCUCCUGUGGUUCCCCCUGUGGUGCACAAUGUAAUACCUUCAUCAGCUUCCUAUCAGGCUGGACUGACAGAGGAGCAGGCUCUCCAGCGUGCAUUAGAGAUGUCCCUGGCUGAAACAUCUCGACAAACGCCAGCAACUCUCAGUCCUCAGGAGCAGGAGGAUCUGGCCCUGGCUCAGGCCCUCGCUGCUAGUGAGGAAGAGUUCCAACGACAACAGCAGAGACAACAGGAGAGGGAGUCGAAGCAGUCCAACUGUUGUCUGUCUUAAAAUCUAAUCAUGCUGACCCAAAGCAAUCUGCCUCUUUUUAAACACACACACACACCAGUAAUCUGAAUGGACUAUUUCUUAACCCAGCACACAAUCCUCUGGGUCUGCCAAUGCAAUUAUUUUUCAGAUAAAGCUUUAUGUACAUAUUUUAUACAGUGAAUAUGUUCAUCAAUAUUCAAUGUAGAUGUUUCUGGAAAUAAAUUAUUUUAAACAUUU